AUGUACGGAACCGCCAAUUUCAUCGUUGUUCCUUGUGCGAGCAUCUUCGGACGCCGCCCAACGUUAUUUUUCAGCAGCGUCAUUUCUCUAGCUUCAAACAUUUGGUUGGCACUUUCCACAGGGUACAACUCAUUUCUCCAUGCGCGAGUCUUAGCCGGCAUUGGUUGUGCGGCCAACGAGAGCAUAAUGGCAAUUGUCAUUGCAGACAUUUUCUUCCUGCAUGAGCGUGGCACAUGGAUGGGCUUUUACUUCUACUGUUACGUUGGGGGCGGACUGAUUGGCCCUAUCAUUGCGGGAGCUUUUCAACAACAUGUCAAUUGGAGAAUGUUCUUCUGGUUCUGUGCUAUCAUGCAAGGGGUUAUAAUGGUCACGCUAGGAUUCUUUGCCCCGGAAACCCGAAGAGAUGGAGCAUUUUCGGCAGAUACCGAAAUCACGACUCCGGCCACGGAUCCUGAAGCUAUUGACCCUGCUCUCGAGGAGGGGUUGGGCCAGCAGCCUGCUGCACACCAGAGCAUGACGACCGCUAACCCAAUCGUUGGUCACGGCCGCCCAAAUCGCCGUCAGCUUAUUCCAUGGCAAAGGGUGGAUCGCAAGGCCUUCAAGGAGCUUUGGCUGCACUUGAUCUCGCUCUUCAUCAUAUUGUUUUACCCAAUCACAUUCUGGGCAGCUAUGACGGCAAAUUUUGCCUCAAACACUCUGCUAUACCUUAUAAUGUGUCAAUCGCAAGCUCUCGCCGCUCCCCCUACCUUUGUCAGUCUUGCCAUCGGAGGCACAAUGUCGGACUGGGUGGCAAUGAAGGCCACAGUACGUAACAACGGUAUCAGAGAGCCAGAAAUGAGGCUGCCGACUUUAUUGCCUUUCCUAGCUGCGAACUUAGUUGGAAUGAUUAUGAUUGGAUUUGGCUUUCAGCAGGGCUGGCCAUGGGAGGCGCCAGUUAUUCUUGGUUAUUCUCUUGUCGGUUUAUAUUCAUCGGUUAUCCAAACCAUUGUUAUCACAUACACUAUCGACUAUUACAAGCCAAUAUCUGGGGCGAUUAUGAAUCUAGCCACAGUGCUCAAGAAUAUGUUCGCCCUCGGCAUGUCAUAUUACGUCAAUAACUGGAUCAUAUCCAAAGGCUACCUUCCACCGAUGUUCUUGUUGAUGGGACUGACAGUUGGUUUUGGCCUGGUUGGGGUAGUUGUUUUUAUGAAAUGGGGCAAGACUAUGAGAACUUGGACGAGACAUAGCAAAGUGCACCAGAUGUAG